GUCCAGUAUGGUGAACUGACAGCACGUCUGACAGAACGUAAACAAUCGAAUCAUCGAAAAAAGUGAUGUUCGCGCAGAGAAAAGCAGACAAAUUAAAUAGUGAAAAUAGUUUGUAGUUUUUGUUCCUAACUUUCCUCGUUUGUGGGGAAUAUAGUUCACUCAUCUCGGUAGCUGGUGGCACGCGGAUCAGUGACGAUGGAUAUUAACAGAAAUAAUGCUUUUUUCGAAAAGUUAAAACAAAAUGUUACGGAUACUUUCGAUCGCGUGCGAAAAGCGAUAGAUAUGAGGGAGAAGCUACUGCUCAGACAACUCACAGUUGUGGUACAACAAGCGCAGCACAUCACGUUCGAGUACGAUAGUAUACGUUUUCUAGGCGACGGUGAGGAUGAACUAGUGGGUCGCAUACGCACGUACGGCAGGUACAACAUCGACAACUUUAACGUAAUUCUCCAGAAGGAACCGUACGAAAACGAAGACUACAUUCUCCCCUCGAAUGAUCACGACCUGAUGCAUAAAAGUUGUCGCCAGGGUGCGGACGAUGAGCGCAAUCCAGAGAGUGAGGAAAUUGUGGUGGGUUUUUUUAACAACCGUAGUCUCAUUAAGGACAGUGCCGAAAUGGUACGGGAAUCAAUCAUAAACCUAACAUUGAACGAAAGCCGCGAGCUCAUCGAUCGAACAAUCGGUAGUAGCAAACCGUAUCAAGGGAAUGUGGAUGGGACCCACGAAGAACAGCCGACAACAGACAACGGCACAGAAUCAUCGUUGCGUGCAUGUAAAAUCGAUCCAACAACAUAUCGGUUGUACAGGGGUCGCAACUCCCUAACCGACAUACCAUCCGAUUCACUUUCCUUCCAAGGUGAUCAGCAACAGGACGAUGGUAGUAACAACAACAUAGGUAGCGUUGCCAACGGCAACUCAAAGCAUACCCGUAAUGGAUCGCGUGAUUGCGAAAAAGGGAUUUCACUUUCGCUACCGUCACAACGCAUGAUACCAAAAGCUUCACAAACGGAUGGCUUGAUCGUCGCCAGUGCUACCGAUUCGGAAGGAAACGUUCGAGAGUCGACUACAUGCAAGGCGGCAGUAGAUAAACGUAUGAAAAACGUAAACCAUGUAACGAUGAACAGCUGUGGCAGUACGAUCAAUCUGAAGAACGUCACUAAUCUUACAAUUAAUUCUUGUUCGGAGCGACCACAAGUGAAGGAAAGGGAACGAUCGAUACCGGAGGCCGAUGCCAAAUGUCCCUCAGAAGAAGGAAGCCCGGAAUGUGGUUUCUACAAGCGGCUUAUAACGGAAAAUAAAAUCCUACGCAACCAUAUACUCAAGUCGAAACUGGGCGGCGGAGUAGGAUCUCGCUUCAUUAAAUCACAACAACCAAUGGUGAGCUCCUCCGUGUCCGCAGAUCGCUCGCUGUCCUCGGUUACGAACGAUGAAACUUUGACAAACUCAAAACAACCAACCAACGAUACCGAUGGUCUUUCGUGCGGCAGUAGCAGAAGCAGCACUAGCAGCAGCAGCAGUGCUCCUCCAGUGGUGCAAGAAACCAGUCUUACCAUUCCACUUUCAGAGCAGGAAUUACGGCAGAUGUUUGACGGGGUACCUUCGUCCAUGUACGAAAAAAGCCUUUCAUUUGUGUUGGGUGAACUGUACGGAUUGCCUAGCGGUUUGGAUAGUAACGGUGCGGCUACUCUAACAGGUUCCGCUCCAGGUAAAACAAAGGAACACACAAUGCAGAUCCAACAGUGGUUGAAGCAAAUAAUCUCGGAAGCGGAAACGGAGCCGUUUCAAAAUGCAGAAAUGCUUGAGUUUAGCAAAAUUCACGAUUAAACGAUCGUGAAGCCAUCCUGUCGGUGUAUGUUCCAAAAAACCAAACAAACAGACCGUGUUUAAACAUCCGUGUGAAUACAAUUUCUUAUCAUUAUCUGUGAUUAUUUAGGUUCCAUAUACAUUUUGAGUGAGUUGAAAUUAACGCCACCCAAAAACGAACAUAUCUUGUUCGAUAUUCGCAAACUGAUGUUCUCGCGACAAAGAUUUCCCUCAGACCCUUUUCACCGUUAUUAUUUGCACAUAUGUUUUCUUUGGGUUUCUAUCCUUUGUUAACUUAAUCUUUUGUUUUUCAUUUUCGUAAAGUAUGUAAAGUCAACAUUAUGCUUCGACUCGAGCUAGUUUGAUAUAGUGAUUUACUUGAUUUUUUGUCAAAUCAUGUAACUGAAUACUAUCCUAUCCGCUACAUUCCACUAUUCUGUUGCACACUUAAUGCAUAUGAUUCUAAUGCGGAUCAUUUUCAAAGUUGUGUGCCAUUGUGGACAAUAUAACGGUACUUAGAUGUAAUUUAAUUCUUACUACAACCUUAAGUAAAGCAGAACCGCAUUAAUCCACAAGUACUCUUAGUCUUGUUGGGUUACUUACUUUAUGCACCAGAAUCAUUAGGUGUCAUGUUGUGAAUUGUGUUUUCGACUUUUGAAUGCAACAAACUGUCGAAUAAAACUUUUACAUUACAUCGGCUUCUUACCGAUGGCUUGAGUACUCAAAUAGGAAAUAAAAAAAAUCAGUUUAAAAUAAGUGAUUAUUAAGAUCACAGUUUUAAGGUUUUUCCGGCUUGCAACGGUAUGAUUAACAACGGCAGUAAAUCUUAAAAUUAUCCAUUUUGCACUGAAAGAUUAUGGGUGUACUUAUGGGAAACAAAAUGCAAGAAAGUAGAAGUAAAUAGUUUGUGUGUGUGUGUAUGCCAGAAAUGAGCUCUUUCAAUUGUCGAUUCUUGGAAAGUAUUGUAAUGGCGUGUUCAUCAAAUAACUUUUUUGGUAAAUAAAUAUUUCAAUAUAAUCGUAA